AUGCUUACUAAGACAAAACCCAUCGAAGGCAGAGACUACGGCAGGCGUCGCUUGAGUACCAGAGACAUAUUAGAAGGUUCUUCAAUUCCUCUGUCGGAGAUCCCUGGCUGCAUACCAAGGUCGACUCUUGACGACGCCGAUGGGGUACCAGAGUUGGGUCGGACAACCUUCCACCAGACAACUGUGCAUGACAGCGGCUCCAACCCGUCCCAGGAGUCCUUUUUGGAGAUUUCACACUCUCAGCCGCCGUCGGUGGAAAACUUGAGGAGCAAUGACCUAGCUGCCGAGCCACCGGAGACCGUUGUCAAUGCGGAUAAUGGGCCUACCCAGCCUCAAUCACCAACACCAAAUCAGUUUUCCAUAGCCUGUCAAACGGAAGAAGAAUCUGAUUGGACGGACUGCCCAAUAAAGCUCCUCAAUGCUAUUGGGCAACUAGUCGACAAGCAAAGUGAUGUGUCUGUAAAGCGACUGCAGGUCCGUGAAUUAAGACUCGGGUUGAGGUAUAAGAGGUACGAAGAAGCUGGAGCUCGCGGCGCGCUCACGAAGAAGAUCAGUGCACUUUCUGCACAAAGGCAUUCCACUGAUAUACAAUCUCUCCAUUCGGACUUUGAAAAGCUGGAAGCGGUGACUAAUGCCUACCUGGAACUUGAAAGGAACUAUCACCAGGCGGAAGAGGAGCUAGAAACAGAGGAAUGGGCAUUGAUGAAAUUGAACCAAAAGGUUUCGCACCUUGCUUCCCGAGUCCUUCCUGCAGUUGAUCAAGCAGAUGGGCUGGAACGUGAAGACCUAGACUCGGAAGACUCUGCAUCCACCAUCAGCGCACCAUUGGAAGAACCGCCUAGCUUGCAUGACUAUCUUUCUCGCAUGGGCGAUGCCCAAAUUCAGAAAGAACGCAUUGCUGACUUAGAUUCGGAGUACUAUGAAAUCACCGAGAGGCAGAGUGCCCGAGAUAACGUGGAUGUUCCCAUUAAUGAUGAGUCAUUGGAAUUCCUACGUCUAUAUGGCGAGAAAAAGCGUUUAUUACAGGAGGAGCUCAAGGAGAUAUCGAUUGAUAUGGCACGGCUACGAGCUAUUUGCGAGGAAGAAGGUCUACUCGACGAGCAGCCCAGGGAAGAAGAAGUCAUAGCUGCUGUACACGAUCUGCAACUGGAAGAAUUCGCCUACUCUUACCAGCCAUCCGAGCCUCUCCAUAUUAGUGAGCUUGAAGACCCAGCGCCAUUCUUCCAGCCGGGGAUGUCCAAGAAGGUGAAUACAGCCGAGUUUAUCAGCAAAUGGAUUCUCCAUCAACUGCGCCACUCAAGAGUCGAGAUCUUUCGUCUUCAAACCAUGACCGAUCUGUGCAAACUGAAAGAGGAUGGCUGGGACCCGCUCGAGAUCAGUGAUUUGGUACUGGCUUACUGGGAUCACGAUGACACAAAGAUGAGAACCCCUCCGCGGACAGCUACCUACAACUCUGAAUGGACAGGACUGGAAGCAAGGUCUUGUUCAUCUGCUCGUGUUCGGCAAAUCGAUGACCCUAUGCUUUCUAAGAGCUCCUCGCUCCUUUCUUUGCGGCUCUGA